UCUCGUCCGAGACGGCCAAGAUAACUCUGCUUUGACUCUAUCAUGGCUGAUAUUGAAGGGAGCUGCAACUGCGGCGCGAUCAAGGUGCGCGUCAUCGGCGGGUUCGGGGAGAACGCAAAGGCAGGCAUCUGCCACUGCAAAACAUGCCAAUUGUUAUCAGGCAGCCUCUUCUCUUACCUCGGCUUCGUCUCGCGCGAGAACCUCAAGAUCCUCCAAGGCGAGCCCAAGGGGUACAAGCAACCCGCAGAGGCAGCGCGGUCCGGGAAGGAGGUUAUCAGGUACUUCUGCGGUGACUGCGGGACGCCCUUGUGGGCCGCGGCUGAGUCGGCGCCGGAGACGUACUCCAUCAAGCUUGCGAUGUUCGGGAACAGCUUGCCUCCUGCCAUGGAGAUCUUUUGGAAGCAUGCUCACGACUGGCAGAAGCCGAUAGUUCCAGCCGAGAUGGUGUUCGAGGAGUGGUACUAACGGCUGUGAGUACGGUUAUUUGAUUGGUACCUUUGGGUGUGCAAGCGAACCACUGGAAUGAAAUGCUGCUGCUGAACAGUGAA